CGAGCUCCACCUGAAGCAUGGGCAAGCCAAAACAGGCCAAGUCUGACAAGAAAGGCAAGGGCUCCACGGCCAGCAAGGACCAGUCUCCGAGCCAGAAAACCAAGCAAAACGAGGCCAAGACGCCGGAAUCUGGGGCGGACACCCCGACCAGCGAAGGCGAGUCCGGAACCGAGGCCUCGCCCGCAUGGCCCCCGGCCCUGAACCGACCCAUGAUGUCGCCGCUGGUGUUGCCCUCGGACUACACGAGGGACGAACUCCGGCGACCGUCGAUGAUAUACAUCUGGAGCUGGGACAACAUAUGGUUCUUCCCGAUGGGCCUGCUGGCCAUCUUGAUCAUCGUGCUCGGCAUGGUCUGCUUGUGGUACGUCCUGCCGGCUCGGGACACGCGCCUAGGCCCGAGCAACGCGACGAGCCUCGCCGCCAACGACACGGCCAACGCGACAGAAGACGCGGCACUCGCCACGCUUGUCGGCUCGCUCCCGCGCAAUCCGGCGAGGAUUCCCGUCGGUCGCGCGACCGACGCGACGGACGACGAACUCACCACGCUUCACGCCGCCCUGCUUGUCCCACCAUACGACGAUGCAGGUGGCGAUUGGUCUACCGAAUUAGAGCCGGAAGCCGCCCCCGCGUCGAGUACCCGGACGCAUGGCACGCCGCAGAAGAGGGCCCGCUCGUCGACAGCCUCGCCCAAGUCCACGCCGGCCGGCACGGAAGCGUCGGAGCAGCCGAGAUACUCUCGGCAAUCCAAACGGGAAUCGCCAGCGAGUUCGCGGAAGUCGAGUUCUACGGAGUUCGCGGAAUCGGCGGCGGAUAGCGGCGCGGAGAGCUCAGCGUCGCCGGUGUUGCUACUCGGCACUUCCAGGAGGACCCACAGUUCGUCAGUCGAACCUGAUGCAGAGUUCGUAACGCCGUCUUCAACUGAACGGUCGUCGACGGUAGAGUCCUCGACGCGGGCUCCGUCUUCCGCGUCCGCGAAAAGCUCCGGCGGGGUACCGGCUUCGUAGAUGCAGCCUGCCGUCGCGUGCAAUACACGUCUUA